CGGAGCGCGGUCAAGGACGGGUAGAUUAGGGGGCGUGUUACAUACCAAGUGCUCUUGAUUAAAACGGUUUCUUUCGUCUUCGAGUUAAUUUGAAAAGGCAAACCGUAUCUAAAAAAACCUGCAAACUUAAAGAAGCCGGAGCGAGAGAGUGUGAUGAUGACAUAUAUUGGCUUCAUACACCCCUUUACAAUGGGGUUAAAGCACGUACUGCCGUGUAAUCAUACUGUAUAUCAUCUGGUUUAGCCUCCUCGCCAUAUGUUUGAUUUCUCUUUGCAAAACAUGAUUUUGGUUUUUUUUCCAUGCCUGCCACGUCAAGUUCCAGUCAUGGGUAAGAAGGUGCAAACAUGCUCCCCAGGCGGAGGGUGGCAGUUUCCCCGGCAGCUGACAGAAAAGAGGAUUUGAAAGUACCUGAGACUUGCUGCUUCAAAAGAUGUUGCAACUGGAAGAAAAUACUAGUAUAUUGUGGUUCUGUUGCUCAGCACUGCCUUACAGAAAUGGUGGUUACCUCAGGUGUGCUUUUGACUGCAGGGAGUUGGGCCGGAUUGGGUUUGCCCCCAGUGGGACUUGUUCUGAAGGUUACUGAUAUGUUUACACAUCUGGUGAUAUUUUAAAUAAGACAAGCAAACUACCUGUGAGCAAAGUUUCCAUUUAUCUCUGCUUUCAUCUUUGCUUUGUGUUAUAUUCAGUUAAUGUAUAGAUUACGUUGGCAUUAAAGUUCACUUCUUAAUCUUAUCCUUUGUUAUCUUAAGUUGGUCUUUCAAUUAGUGUAUGUUGUUUUGGAUAAUACAUUUUGUUGGUAAGCAUCAUUUUUCUGGCUGUUUAGGAAGUACAAAGCUGACUGAGCUGACUUACCCUUAGCGGUGAAGAUGCUGGCUGAUUUUGAAAGUGGGUUUUGGUUGCUUUGUUUUGGUUGCUUUGUUUUGUUUUGUUUUUUAAUUGGAUAAAGACAGUUCAGUUUGGCAGCACAAGAAGUCCAUAUUCAUUGGAUUUCACUGAUAGAAAGCGUUCAACUUAAGUAGCCUCAUGGAAUCCUGCUUUCCCCAAUCCUUACACACACAAACAGGUGCACACACCUAUUCCCAUAUGUUGAAGUCUGUCUUCUGGUUUUGGUCUGUCUUUCUAGUCCACCAGAAGAAUCUACAAAAAUCCCAAUGCUAUUCACAUCGGACUAGAACAAAAAUAACUGCAACAGAAAGGAUUUUCCAGAAAGAUUUGAGGGAAGUAUAAAAAAUAAAAGGCAAGAUAUGUUCCACAAUGCAUAUUUGCACAGUUCCAGGUGAAAUUCGUGAGAAAUUGGCAUACUUUCCAAAGUUAUCGCAACCUAGAGACUCAGGAACUGUAUAAGAAAUAGCAAGUAGCUCUGAAUUCUCUUGCACUGGAAAUCUUGUUUUACCUAUCUCAUUUGUGACCCUUUUCGUUAAAAAAGAACUGACUUACUCUGACAAACCUGUUUCCCAAGCAGGAUGAGCUUACAUCGUAUAUGAUCUGUGGUGGAGAAGUUGGCUUCACAGGCUGUAUGAGCGUCCACACUGGAGGUGAAUUAAGUGAAACCAGUGCAGAGGAGCCUGAAGCGGUAUGCUUUGCCAGCGGAAUGCUGAUGACACCAUUUGUCCAGGAGAUGUGAAAUGAAUCAAAGAUGGUGUUGGGUCAUUUUCAGAUAAUCCAUUCUCAGGAUCAGGACGGAAUGGUGCUGAGCCAGAAGUGACUAUUGCACUUGGACGGCUCAGAGGGAGACAAACAAAUGUGAAGGGGACAGACAGACUUGUAAAUGUUUUCCUUGGGAUUCCUUUUGCAAAAGCCCCUAUUGGAUCCUUGAGGUUUUCCCCACCUGAACCACCCGAACCCUGGAAUGAUGUGAGAGAUGCAACUUCUUACCCACCACUAUGUCCUCAAGAUCUGUCCAUGUUGAAAAUAGCUGAAAAAAACUUUAAAGAAAAACACCUCUCAUUCCGAACUUCUGAGGACUGCUUGUAUCUAAAUGUUUACAGCCCUGAUGGUUCAAACAAGGACAAGUUACCUGUAAUGGUGUGGAUCCAUGGAGGCAAUUUUAUAUUUGGUGGUGCUUCUAGGUACGAUGGUUCUGCACUAUCAGCCUAUGAGAACAUUGUGGUAGUAAUAAUUCAGUACAGACUUGGACUCCUUGGAUUCUUCAAUACUGGUGAUGAACAUGCUCGUGGGAACUGGGCAUUUUUGGAUCAAGUAGCAGCUCUUCGAUGGAUCCAAGAAAAUAUUGAACACUUUGGUGGAGAUCCAGGAUCUGUCACACUCUUUGGUGUAUCUGCAGGAUCCUGCUCUGUUUUUGCACAUGUUUUAUCUCCUUUGUCUAAGGGUCUCUUUCAUAAAGCAAUAUCAGAGAGUGGAAUUCUAAUCCCCCCUGAUAAAGAUUUACUUCUUCCAACAGAUCUUAAGAAAAUGGCAAGUAUAUUUAAGUGUGAGACGAGCAGUUCACUCUCACUGAUAAACUGCUUAAGGAACCAGGAAGCAGAUGAUAUAGUCUUUAACAGUACGGAAAUCCCAUUUCUACCCUUAGUUUUGGAUGGAGUAUUUCUUCAUAAGUCACCCAAAGAGAUAUUGGCUGGAAGAGAGUUUAAUGCAGUCCCAUUUAUGAUAGGAGUCACCAACAAUGAAUUUGGCUGGAAUAUUAGAUCUACAUCAAAAAUACCAGGUUUGAAGGAAAUAGGAGAUAAAAAAUCAAUCACUUCAACUUUAGAGUUUUUACUACCAAUGAUGGAUGUACCAUCAGAGUUUCUGCCUGUGAUAGUGGAUGAGUAUCUAGGGAACACAGAUGAUCCUGCUGAGCUACGGGACCGAUUUUUGGAUUUGCUAGGGGAUGUAGGAAUUGUUAUGCCAUCCAUUAAAGCAUUGAAUUAUCACAGGGAGUCUGGAGCUCCUGUCUACUUCUUUGAAUAUCAGCAUCGGCCCACUUCAUACUGGGAUAAUAAACCAGAGUAUGUGAAAGCUGAUCAUGGAGAUGAAGUUGGCUUUGUCUUUGGAGGACCAUAUCUGGCCGGUGAUAUUCAGCUACGUAGUGAAGUUACAGAGGAAGAAAAGAACCUUAGUAGAAUUCUAAUGAAGUACUGGACUAACUUUGCUCGAAAUGGAAAUCCUAACGGAGAGGGUUUGGUUGAAUGGCCAUCUUACAACCUAAAUGAAGAAUACUUACAGAUAAAUCUAAAACAAAAGAAAGCCAGAAAGUUGAAAGAAAAGAAGGUAGAUUUCUGGCGAAAGGUGAUGUUUGAAAAGACAAAUAAGAAAAGAACAGAAAACAAGAAGGUUAAUUCAGAGUUAUAAUUUACAAUCUAAGCAUGCACAUAAUAUGCAAACUAUUAGGAUAGUAAAAGAAAUUACUUAAAGUAAUUUUGAGGAUAAACUUAUGUUUCCUUUCACCUUUUCUUCACAGUUGUCAUAUUUGCAAUUAUUCACUGUAAUAAUUCCAAUUGAUCUAUUUCUCCUUUGUGAUCAUUUACUUUUUCCUGGAUUUGUGUCUACAGCGGAAGCCUCACUUAUUAAAUAUAGGUACCAGAUUUCCCCACUGCUCAGGUUUUUCUGUUGCUUCCCCAUGACUGAAGACAGAAUGUGGCAGCAACAUUGUUUUAAUAAAGUGAAAUCAAUAAAGACACAAUUUGCAAGUAAAA